AUGAACGAAUUAUCAGUAAAUGAUGCGUUUGAUGAUAUUGAAAUAGAAUCUUUUGAUUUUAUAUGGGAAGAAUGGGAAGAGUAUAAAGGUGAUGUUCCCUUGUGGCAACAUAUUUUUUGUGGUAGUAUAGCAGGUUUAAUGGAACACGUUUUUAUGUAUCCAUUGGAUACAUUAAAAACAUAUUUUCAAACAAAUGGUCAUAUGAAAUAUAAUAAGAUAUAUGAUAAUUGUAAUAAUAUUAAUAAUAAUAAUAAUAUAUAUCACAAUAAUAAUUGUGAUAAAAAUUAUAAAGAUAUGAAUAACCAUAGAAACAUGCAAAUGUUUAAGAGGAAAUUUUGCUCAUCAACCAAUUGUGAUAAUUGUAUUAUAAAUAAUGUUUGUAAGUAUAAAACUAACUGUUAUAAUGUUAUGGCAGCUUUACAUACAAAAAAUUCAAGAUAUAUUAAUAAUAUUGCUGAACCAUUAAAAAAUAUGGCAAAAUAUAAAAUAAACGCAACAAAUAAUAAUAAUUAUAAUAAUAAUAAUAAUAAUAAUAAAAGUCGUAAUAUUUUUUCUCAUCCAUUUCAUAAGAAACAAUAUAGGAAUGUUACAUAUGUAGUAAAUAAGAAAAUGCAACAAAAUUUGCUUAAUAAUUAUAUAACAAAUAAAUGUAAUAAUGAUCCUAUUUAUUGUAGAACAAAAACAAAUGUAUUAAAUAUGAAAAAGGAUAUACAUAACUUUUGUCAUAUAUCAAAAGAGAAAUAUAAAAAUGUCUUUCAUCAAAAUGAUUCUUACGAUCCAAAUAUUUAUGGUAGGAAGGGUAAAAAGCAAUGUGGAAAUAAAAAUAAAAUGAAUUAUUUUAAAAAUCUUCUACAUAAAAAACAUUGCCAUUCAUUAUAUAAUCAAAUAUUUUAUAGUGAAAUUAAAGAAGAAAUGAAAAAUAUACGAAAAAUCAAAAAUAAUAUAAGUGCAAAAAAUAUGAAACGCCAUUUGUAUUCAAGUGUUUCCUUCCUCAAUUUAAACAAUAAAGGAAACAAAAAUAUAGCUUUAUCAUGUAAGAAUAUUCGAUCAAAAUAUAUUUUAAAGAAUGGAUAUAAUAAGAAGUAUCAAAGAAAUUAUGUUUGUUAUAAAAAUUUGAUGAAAAUGCAAUGUGUGAAAAAUAAUAGGCAUCGAUUAUUAGCCCUUAGAAAAUAUUUAAUGAGUGAAAAAUAUCAUAACAUUAAAAAAAAUGAACCAUAUGUUAUAACAAAGAUGAAAAAGAUGGGGAAUGAAAAUAUAGGUAAUACCAAAGGUAGAUAUAUAAUAAAUACCUCAUUAAAUUCGUAUAACUUAAAAAGAAAUUGUUUAGAUUAUAAUCCUUUUGUAAAUAAUUUUAAAUAUAUAUAUUAUAAUAUUAUGAAUAUAUGUCAUAAUAUUAAGAAUAGAAUUUUAGUAAAUCCUUCUCUUCCUAUUAAUAAUAAUAAGAAUAAUACCAUGAGGGACAUUUUUAUAAAACUGAUAAAUAAGUGUUUAUAUAAUAAUAAUUCACAUAAAAUAGAUAACAAAAUAUUAUUGAGUAAUUAUUUGAAUUUAUUUAAACAUACAAAUUAUUCACAUUAUUAUAUUUUAAAUAAUGUUUUAAAAAAGACGCCAUGUAAAAGUAGAAAAAAUGAAUGGAAUAUUUUUUCCAAUUUUAUAAAGUUAUUAAAAAGUAAAACAAUUGAAAAUAAUGUUGAUUGUAUAACACAAAUGAAUGCUAGGAGGAACCAAAUAUUGAGAAAUAAUUAUUUAUAUUCCUUUUUAAGAAAUUAUAAUAAAAAUUUGAAAAGAAAUACUAAUAUGAUUUUAAAUAAGCUUACGUCUUUUAAAUAUAGUAUACCUUAUAUAAAAAAUAAAAAUAGUAACAUAUUAACAAAUAAUAUGAAUAGUAAUAAUAAUAUAUAUAGUAAUAGAAAUGUUGUAAAUUCAAUAAGAUAUAAUAAUAUUUAUAAAAAUAUUAUGCACCCAAUAUUCUUUCCUGGUUAUUAUAAUACGAUUCAUUUUAGAUAUUAUAAUUAUUUUUCUAAAAAUAUAGAUAACAAGGAUAAAGGAAACAAUAAGAAUAUCAUAAAUAGAGUAAGCAAACGAAAUAAUUGUAAUGGUAUUAUAAGAAAUAAUUUAUCAAAUUUGUAUAAAGGUGUAAAUAUUGUAGUGUUAGGUUGUAUACCUGCCCAUGCAUUAUAUUUUUCAACCUUUGAAUAUAGUAAAAAGUAUUUUUCAAGAAUGACUUCAAAUAAUUCUUCAUUAAAAAUGAAUAAUGGAAAUAUGAGUACAGUAUCUAGUGAUAUAAAAUCUGAAAAAUCAAAUUUUAAAUUAUAUGAUUUGAAUUAUUUUAGUAUAGCUGUAUCAGGUUUUCUCGCAACCUUAGUACAUGAUUUAAUUAUUACACCAAUAGAUACAUUAAAACAAAGAAUACAAUUAGGUAUAAAUAAAAAUUCGAAAGAUUCACUUAAAAUAUUAAAACAAAAUGGUAUAAGGAGCUUAUAUUUAAGUUUACCUAUCACUUUAUUGAUGAAUAUUCCAUAUCAAAUUAUUAUGAUAUGUACUAAUGAAAAAAUGAAGAAAAUAUAUUUUGAAUAUAUAUGUGGUUUAAAUACUCAAAAUAAUAAGAAAAAUAUGGAAAAUAAGUUUAUAGAUAAGGACCAUAGUAAAACAUCUAAUCAAGUUAAUAUUGGUAAGGAUAUAAAAAAUGAUACAUAUAAUAUGGAUAAAAAUGGUACAUUCUUAUGCAGUCAUGAAAUGAUAGAUAAAGAAAAUAUGAUAUACAAUUCAAAUAGUUUGGAGAAGCAUAUUAGUUCUAAAGAAAACAAAGAUAAUAUAUUGAAAAGUGUAAAAGAAGAAAGUGUUAGUAGUAAUAAUGAUAUUGUGAAUUUUUAUGGGGGAAAAGGAAUAUAUAAUAAUGAUGAUCAUAAUAUAAUACGUGAUGAUGUAAAUAAAAUGAUGCAUAACAAUUUAGAAAAUAAUAUUGACAAUAGAAUAAAUUCGAAUGGAAGUGAUAUUAAUAGGAUAGAUAAUAUUACAAAUAAUAUGAACAAAGAAUGUGAUAUUUUUUCUAUUAAUAAAAAUAACAAUAACAGUCUUUUAUAUGAUCAAAUAAUGAAAAGAUUAGAAAUGAAUUCAUCUAAUAAAAAUUUUUCAUUAAAUUUUAAUGAUAAAAUAAUAAGACAAGAAUCCUUACCCUUUGAAAAGGAAAAUUAUAAUAUGAAUUUAAAAAAUAUAUGGAUAGAUAAUUAUAAAAAUGACUUUUUUAAUAAGCCCUUUAAUCAUAUUACAUCUUAUUUUGUGUGUGCUGGGAUAGGUGGGGGUAUAGCAGCAGUAUUAACUAAUCCCCUUGAUGUAAUAAAAACAAGAAUUCAAACUGAAUGUUUUCAAACUAAAGGUUUUAACUUUUUUAGAAUUGUAUCAAAUAUAUAUUAUAGAGAAGGAAUGCGCUCAUUUUUCAAAGGCUCCUUAGCAAGAAUGGCUUUAUGUAUACCUGCUUCAGCAGUAUCAUGGGGUACUUAUGAAACUAUGAAAAGAUUUUUUAAAAUAAAUUUUAACACAACGUAG